AUGAGUAUUAAAGAAAUAUCAAAAGAACUUAUUAAAGCUUUUACUACAAAUAACAAAAGACUUAGCAAAUUGGAUCUUUCUAAGAAUCAAAUUAAAGUGAUUCAAAACUUAAAUGAGUUAAAACAUUUACAAAUUUUAAAUCUUGCAGACAACUAAAUUGAAUAGAUUGAUGGAUUGCAAGAUUUAGCUUUAUUGUAGGAAAUUAAUUUACGACAUAAUCUGAUUACUUAAGUCAAAAAUUUAAAAAACUUAAAAUAUUUAGAAGUAUUAGACUUGAGUUUUAAUAGGUUAAAUGAUAUUAAGGAUUUACAAGAAUUGAAACAUAAUAAAAAUCUCAAAGAAUUGAAUGUUUAGGGAAAUGCUAACAUCACUUAAUUCUAUGAUUAUAAAGAUUAGAUUAAAAAAAUGAUUCCACAAAUUUAAAAAAUAGAUGGAUAAUUCGUUAAUUAGCAGUAUUUACAAAGUGUUUCUUAAGAAGUUAUUGAAUAGCAAUCUAUUGAAACUUAUAAAAAUAUUAUUUCUACUUUGUAAAGCUAAGUCUAGACAUAAAAUCCUUUAGCAUUAGAACAGUGGAGGAAUAAGUGCUUUGAACUUUUGUAAAGAGAAAAAAUAAUGAAUUAUCGCUUUAACUAGUUGGAGCUAUCUUAUUCGAAGGAUUAGGAAACUUUAAAAUAAAAUUUAAAAGAGCAAGUUGAUAGAAAUGAAAAACUGAGUUAAGAUUUGCUUUUGAAACAGGAAGAAAUAUUAUAAAUUCAAGAAAGAUUGGAGUAAACGAAAUAAAUGUUUGAUAAUUAAAUGAAAAAUAAUGUUUUAGCUAUUUAUAAUUAAUUUGAAAAACAAAUGAAUUUGCUGCAAGAAUAGUUUAAUGCUUAGAUUAAAUCUCAAUAAAAGAGAUUUUUUGCAUUAGAGGGAACUAUUCUCCAAUAAAAGACAAAAAUUAUGCAAUAAAAAAAGAGUGCUUCUUCUGAUUUUAUUGAAUUUAAACAAUCUUUAAAGUCAAUAAUAAAAGCUCAUGCCUAAAAAGACAUUCUUGCCGACAUUUCUUCUGAAGAGUUUGUUAAUGAAAUAGAGAGAAUCAUCAGAGAUUCUCUAAUUUAACUAGGCUAAAAUCAAUUUAAAUCUUCUUCCAGUUCUUCAAGAUUUGAAAUUAAGCAAUUAGAAGAAGAGAUUAGCAGCCUAAAUCAAUAAAAAAAAAAUUUAUAAACCUUGCUUUAAGAAUAAGAAGAAACCUUAUAAAAAAUAAACAGAAAUAAUGAACAAAAACUGAAAGAGUUGCUAGAAGAACUAGAGUUCAAAACGAGAAAGGUUAAAGAAUAAAACUAAAAUAUUUAUGAAUUAGAAUAAAAGCUUGAUAAAGAAACUUAAGAAAAAUAAAAUAGUAAAUAAAGACUGAAUGAAUUAAUAGAAAACAGCAAUAUUGAAGUCAAAAGAAAAAUAGAUGAAGCUACUUCUAAAUUAAAAAGCAGAAUCGACGAAUUAGAGAAAGAAAAUUUUAGAUUAGCAAGUGGUUUAAAUGAAAAGGAUUUGGAAGCUUCUUAAUUCAUCGAAAAUAUAAAUAAAAAACUUUAGCAAGCAGAGUUGGAAAAGGUUAACGAAAUUAGUGCUUUGGAAAAUAAAUUAAGAAUAGAAACAGAGAAAAAGAACAUGUUUAGCAAUUAAUGCAAUGACAUGAUGAGAAUAAUUAAUAUGAAAGAAAACAAAAUCAGAGCGAUUAAAGACGAGCAAAGACUACUUUAGGAAAAGUUGAACCAAACCAUGAAUCAUGAGCUAGUUUAUAAUUAGACUGGAUUUAACAACAUGAACAAUAGAGCAAAUUUAUCACACAAUGAUAUUUAUAGCAAUUAUCAAUAAUAAUUAAUCAAUCAAAACUAAAGAACACUUUAAAAUUAAAAUAAACAAAAUAUGAAUAACAAUUAGUAUGAUUUCAAAAACUAUCAUGGAAGCACCAAUCCCUUGUUAAAUUAAACAGAUAUUUAAUAUAAUUACAAAUAAAAACUGCAAUAACAAAAUUAACAGUAGCAAUAAAGUUCAUAAGAGGACUGGUCACCAAUUUAAAAUAAAGGAAAUUUAAGCUAUAAUCCAGCAAGAUAGCCCUUUAAAUAAACCAACAAAAAUCAAGAAAUCAACAACUUUACAACAAAUAAAGCCAACAUGAUAUUAAACGAUUUGAGUAUUAUAUAAAAUGAGCAUCCAGGAGCAGACACUCUAGAAGACGAACUUAAAAAAUUAGAGCAAAAUGAGUUAUUUGCUUAGGAAAUUUUGAAUGACAAUAUUUGA